GUUGCUGUUCGUUCAUGGAUGGCCCGGCCACUUCCUCGAACCUGUGAAGCUCCUCCCUCUACUCACCGCGUCCUCGUCGGACCACCCCAGCUUCCACGUCGUCUCGCUCGGAUUACCUGGCUACGGGUUCUCGGAGGCACCGAAGAAGAAGGGGUUCAGGAUGGCGCAGUACGCAGAGGUCGGAAACAAGCUGAUGCUGGCCUUGGGUUACGACGAGUACGUUACGCAAGGUGGCGACUGGGGCUACGGCGUGAGUCCCCAGGUAUAAUCCAUGUGUUUUUUCGUCGACCAUCGACCUUCUCAGGUUACCCGGAUGAUAGCUCUGAAUUAUGGAGGCAAGCACUCCAAAGCCUGGCACACCAACUUUCCGAGCGGCGAUCCUCCGGCCUUCACGAAAAACCCCGUCACCUACGUCCAACACCUGCUCACACCCUAUACGGAUUCGGACAAGAGACGCUUGAAACGCAUGAACGAAUUCGUGAGAGUCGGAUGUGGCUAUUCAGCACAGCAGGAGACGCAGCCCCAGACGCUCGGGUACAGCCUCGCAGAUUCCCCGGCAGGCCUGCUCGCCUGGAUCUACGAAAAGCUCCAUCGCUGGACGGACGACUAUCCUUGGAAGGACGACGAAAUCUUGGACUGGGUGUCCAUCUAUUGGUUCUCCCGCGCCGGACCCGCGGCCUCGAUCCGUAUAUACUACGAGGUCACCCAAGGCGGAGACGACGAAUUGCUCCGCCAGACUCCGACCAUCCCCAUGGGCCAGUCGUACUUCCCCAAGGAGCUCGACAGCUCGCCGAAACUGUGGGCUCGCACCGCGGGUAACGUCGUGUUCGAGUCGGAGUGGCCGUCCGGCGGACAUUUUGCGGCGCACGAGCAGCCGGAGGCGCUCGCGACGGAUUUGAGGAACAUGUUCGGGAAGGGCGGGAAGGCGUACGGCGUCGUGUCUGGAAAGGAUGGGUAUUGAACCAACAACUUGUGACGCCUUCAUCGUCAGAACUCAGAAACAAACUAUCGAAGUAACGCGCCCACGUGACAACUAUCAUAUACAGC